ACCCAUCAGUUUCCUGCCCUGAGGAACUGGUCCACCCCAGUAUAUGCUUCUGUGCCAUACCCCUCUCCAGCUGUGCAACAGCCCCAUCAGCUUCCCCGCGCACAGAGCUUGUCCACCCCAGUACCUGCGUCCGUGCCAGCGCACAGUCACUGUCCUUAACGGUGCUCACAUCCCACUGUCGGGCCGUAACCCCAUUCUGAAGGAGGUGCUGGGCAUUCGCCCACACAUCCUGGUGCUGAACAAGAUGGACCUGGCUGAUCCCAGCCAGCAGCCGACAGUCUUGGAGCACCUGAAGCAACAGCAAUGCUCACACGUUGUCUUUGCUGACUGCAAGCGUGAUGUCAAUGUCAAGAAGAUUGUUCCCAUGGUUGCCAAGUUGGUGGACAACAGCCCUCGCUACCACAGGGCUGAGAGCACCGAGUACAGCAUCAUGGUGAUCGGCGUGCCCAACGUGGGCAAGUCCUCACUCAUCAACUCCCUGCGGAGGCUGCACCUCAAAAAAGGGAAAGCCACUCCUGUCGGUGGUGACCCUGGUAUCACUAAGGCAGUGCUGACCAGAAUCCAGGUACUGUCCCUGCUAUCUGGGUGGAUGCUGGCUUCUGCCUUCUCUUGCUCAAGGCGUGCAGAGCUGAUCUCAAAGGGUCUCUCAGGUCCUCUUUCCAGCAAGACCUUAACAAAACUCAACACCUUGCUUGUUAGCCACAUGCAAGUCUGUGACAUUGCAGUUACCAAACAGUGUGUCUUAACAGCCCUGUCUCCCUCAUCCCAGGUCUGCGAGAAGCCCCUCAUGUACCUGGUGGAUACUCCUGGCGUGUUGGCACCGAAUCUGGGCGAUGUGGAGACAGGAAUGAAGCUGGCACUGUGCGGAGCCAUCCGUGACCACCUCGUUGGGGAGGACAUCAUGGCUGACUACCUCCUGUAUGCCCUGAACAAGCGGCAGCAGUUCAGGUAUGUACAGCGUUACGGACUGGCUGAGGCCUGCGAUGACAUUGGGCUUGUGCUGAGGCACGUGGCCCUUGCCCAAGGCAGGACGCAGAAGGUGAAGGUAUUGACGGGCACAGGGAAUGUCAACAUGAUGAUGCUCAGCUACCCUGCUGCUGCCUACGAGUUCCUGCGGGAUUUCCGGGCUGGACGCCUGGGCAGGGUGACACUGGACUGAGACCUGUCCCAUGGGGGAGAGAGGCACCGCCUGCAGCUGCAUGGGCUGGAGCCACCUCAGCAUGGAGCUUUGGUGUGAGAUUAAAGCGGCUCUGCCAGGGCAGCCCCCAGUUUCAGAUCUUGGGCUGCUGCAGGGGAGCAGAGGGGCAGAAUCCCUGUGAUGGGGAUGAGGAGCUGCCCCCAGGUGUCCCCAUGCUGGACAGUGGUUGCUGUGGGGAAAGGAGGCCUGGUGCUGCUUCCAGCCAGGACAAAAGCUCUGAGGAGCCAUUUCCUCACUGUGGUCUUGGCCAUCUCUGGGACUUGAAUUCCAAAAUAAAACCUGCAUGGGUAGGGUGCUGGGGCCAUCUCAAGGUGCCUGUCCUGAGCCCCUCACCCUGCAUCCAGUUAUAA